UCUGCCUGCUAACGCUAUGUAGUGGUCAGAAUCCGGACUUCAAUAAGAAACUGGAAGACACUCUUAUGAAGACCUAUAACAGUCGUCAUCGACCGGUGAAGAAGGAAUCAACUACAGUGCAAGUUAGCGUCUUCAUGAGCAUCAGCCACGUUGAGAAAGUUGAUGAGCACGAGCAAACCAUGUUGGUUCAUGGCCAUCUGUGGGCCACUUGGUUUGAUGAGUAUCUGGUGUGGGAACCAAACGAUUAUAAUGGAACUUCAAAAAUGAACAUUGACCCGUGGAGGAUCUGGCAACCAGCGCUCGCUCUAUACAACAGUGCGAGAGGCAACUCAUGGCAUCUACACAUGCACGGACUACCAGCAAUAGUCAGUAACACCGGCAGAGUUUGGGCCACCGGUUCGUUCUCUUUUCAUGUCACAUGCAGAUUCGACUUCUCCGACUGGCCCUACGAUGAACAGGAAUGCCCGAUCGUUGUCGCAGACUGGGUGUACGACUUGUCCCGGGUGAAUCUCUCUGAUCCACAAGGAAAUACACAGUGGAACAAGCCCACGAUACGUCUCAACUAUGAUCCGAUUCGGCAAGAUGAGAAGAAACAUGUGGCAGGAUGGGAAGUGAAGGACACCUGGAGACGUCACUGUUAUUGGGGCCCGAGUGGUUGUAAAGAUGAGCUGCCGGAAGGACAGUUUGGAGUGAAGCUAAAGCGUCAUACGCCAUAUUUCGGUGUCACCGUUAUUAUGCCAACGAUCAUCACCUGUUUGCUGACGCUGUUCUCUUUCUGGAUCGACGCGCCAUCGAUGUCCAUUGCUCUCGUAAUAUUCAACGUCCUCUUACAAGGUCUAUUCGGUUGGGAUCUGAUUCGAGAACUGCCCCCGGGUAGCGGAAGUAUACCAAAGAUCGGUAAGCACGAAUAA